CCCACGCCGUUGCUGCAAUAAGCUAUGCAGAAAGUCGUCCAACUUUGCGUGCUGUCUUUCUAGGGUUAAGAUGUAACCACCAUAUUCUUACACAUUAAUUAACAGUUUUGAUUGUGCAUAAUGAUUCAGCGUGCUGUUCCGUGGGGCGCUUUAGGCUCGCAUUGCGUAGCGCUGCUUCUAACGUUCUUGGCAGCACAAGGAGCACGCGGGUUGGACAUUCCGGACUCAGCUGACGGCCUUCCUUGCGCAAAGGGCGGCUACUGCUCGCUUGGGAAGGUGCAGCCGUGGACAGGGGACGUCCGUGCCAGCGCGGCGCUGAAGGCGUGUCUGGCUGCUCGCAGCUACCAGAAGGAGCUGAUCCUGCUGACUGAGACACGCCUCAACUCGGCCUUCCAGGCAUUUGCCGGGUUGCUGUCUCUGGGCUAUGAGCACGUCAUACUGCUCUCACUGGCGGAGCCGUGCGGCGCCAGCCAGGCGGUGUGGCCGCGGCUGGCGUGCGCCUACUCCAGCCAGACCUUCCAAAGCACCACCAAGUACCUACUCGACAGGGUUGUGUUCCUUGUCCGCGCGGCGCGUCUGGGCACCAACGUGCUGAUGCUGGACAGCGACGUUAUCCCGCAGGCCGACCUGUACACACACCUCAAGGCGCCGCACAUGCGCAACACCACCCUGGCCACCAUGAGGGACGGCAAUGGCUGGAUCAACUGCGGCGUAGUGUACGUGCAAAACGUCGCCCCGGAUGGCCCCACGGCUUAUGCACUGGCGGAGGUGGUGGACAGACUGGAGAGGUGGGCUGAGGGCUCCAUGUUUCUGUCGGCCCACGGCAACCCAGCGCACUGCUGGGACCAGCAGAUGUACAGUGAUACGGUGCUAUCGACGCUGGCUGGUCGCCCAAUCUCGUACGGGUGUUGGUUCCGGCACGAUGCAGCACGGCGGGCGGCGUGGGACGUGGCACACCAGCGAGUGUUUGGCACGCAGGAAACAGGCCCGCUGGAAAACCAACACUACCUCCAGGGCGGCAGCCUGCCCUGGCCGGCGGAGCUGACAGCGGCGGGCUACCCCUACAAGCGCUCCGACCUGUGGACCGGAGAAAUGCACGUGCCCAACACCCGCGGGGAGUGGCCCGCCGAGCUGGGGGGUCAGAUGUACCCUCCGGAGCGCGGCCCAAGCUCCAGGACGUUUAUAGAGCUGCUCAAGUCGGACGGCUUGCCUAUGUGGCCGGAUCCAGAGGACCCCAAUCAGGCCGAGGCAGGCGCCGCCAAGAUGGAGAUUUUCUCCUUCCUGCCGCAGUGGAUGGCUGAGUCCUGGUCCCAGGCGGGAUCACUGGGUUACUGGUAUCCGGAUCUGCGCGGGGGGAGCGCCGGCGGUGGCGGUGGUGCCGGUGGGCCGACCCCCGGCGGCCAGCCCACAGCGGCGCUGGCACACAUGGUGCACGUGCCGGGCGGGGCCAGCAACAAACUGACAGUAAAGUUGGCUUCCGGGAACUGGGACUGGGACAUCGCGCACGCCGCAGCCAGGGCGCCGCCCAGGCUAGGCGGCAGCGGGCCGUUUUUGGCGUCCAACUCCGCCGCGCCGCUGCCGGACGUGCUGGCAUACAGCAGCGAGUUAGAGGGCCGUGCCUGGGCGUCAGAGGAGGAGUUCGCGGCCGCCACGCUCACCCUGCUGCGGCUAUCCAUGGAGAUGGGCAGGGCUGCCGCCUAUCCCGCGCCCCGCUGCAACCUCUCCUGGAUGGUGAUGGGCGAGCACGCUGCGGGCGGCAACAACCGCUUGCCCCUGGCUGUCAACCACGGCGUCAUGAUCCCCUACGCGCCGCCCGGGCGAGGCUUCUCCGACCUGCGCUGCCUGUGGGGCGGCUACCUGCUGCUGGGCUGCCAGGCCGUGCGCUGGUACUUCUCGGGAGGACUGCUGGCUCCCGAGUAUGACCACCUGCUGGACCGGCUACGUCAGGAGGGCGAGGCGGCGGCGGCGCAGGACUCGCAGGCGGCGGCGGCAGCACGCGCCGCCAAGCUGUCGCGCUGGGGCUUCGGCUCUGGGGCCGCGGGCAGCAGCCUGCGUGACACGCUGCGCAACACCACCGGCAGUAGCGCGCGAGUGGUGACGGUCCCGGCGGAAAUGCUGCAGCCGCCCGCGGGUGCGGCGGCGUGGGACGUCAACGCUUUGGCUGCCAAACUGAUGGCGGCGCAUGGCGGGCUUGGGAGUGGGCUCCUGCGGUCGCCCGCCGCUGCGCUGGCCGCGAUGAAGGCUGCUGGCAACAACACCGCGGUCAGCGGAGAUAGCAGCAGCGGCGCCUCUAGUGAACGGCCGGUCGUGUUAGUGCUGUCGGAGGUGCCGAAGCUGACGGAGGUGGUGGGAGAGCGGCAUGCAAUAUUCAAGCGGAAUUUAGAAUCAGGAGACGAUCGCGUUCGUUUCAGUUGUGAGUGGAUGCGGACUGGCAGACCCUACCGCCGAAGGCAUCGGCUCCGGAUGGCUGCCACACAUAGGAGGUCAAGUAACAGGCGGCGCGGGUGAUACGGUAGAGCUGUCUUCAUAGGCGUGCGGGAACCGCGGAGACGCGGAGUGAAGCGUGAGUGCACACGUAUAUGCAGUGUUCAAUUCAUUACAGCAUCAUCGACAGUUGAGUGCCGCGGACAGGUCGGCUUACGGCUCCGGGAGUCCGGACGCGGGGGGGGGGGGGGUAUCUGUCUCUGGUGGCAGGGGCAUCCAGAACUUCUUGCCCAUCGCUGCGUCGCCACAGGACGUAUGUGCGCCUACAGGAAACAGAACGGUGCAAAAGGGCU